AAUAAAAUUGGGGUGCAUUUCACUUGCAUGAGAAUUGCAUUUACAACUCAGUACAUACUGAGAUUUACAAUUUGUGUUAAAAAUUACAAGGAAAUAAUGACUGAAAACGUAACAGCCUUGCAAAACUUUAUGUCCUCCACGUUAGCAGCAACGACGAGCGAUCUUCUAGAGCAAAAUACAAAUUCAACUUUACCUACUUUACUGCCUACGACACUUGCAUCAGCUACAACAAGCAAAACAACAGAUGCAGCGGAUACGGAUAUUGAGCCAGACGAUAGUGGGCACUUCAUUUUAAUUCCACUCACUGUUCUUUUGCUUAUUGUGGCUUUAUCAGCGCUAGUAUUCUUGAUAGGGCGGAAUAGACGCCGCCUAGCUCGUAUCUAUUGCCGACGAAGAAGUGAGCGCAAGUAUUCACUUGAAGACGAUUCCGAUACGCCAAUGGAGCAGGGUGACGAUUAUGAUUUCGACGAUCCGAGCGAAUGUCUGCUGAAGGGGAAACUACAAAUCGAUAAUAGUUACGCAAGUACACUUCGCAAGGAACUAUACACUUAAGCAAGCAUACCAAACUUUGACGAAAAUAGCGGUUAUUAGAGCUAUUAAACUAUCAAAUCAUAAAAUUUACCUGCUAUAAUUGUUGCACCUGAUGUUUCGUAAUAGCACAUGAUACUCAAAUACAUAGAUAAUUCUCGCGCUAUGCUCAUAAAUUAAGACAAAGAUCGUUAUGGAAACUAAGCUAGAUUCUAAAUAUAUUUUUGCUUCGAUCCAAAGUCUAUGAAAAUAGAAAAUACAUUAUAAAUAAGCAUUAAAUUGAUUCUUACAACUAAUCAAUUAUUUUUAAUUU